CAUCAUCAUGUAUACAUGAACUGAGCUGAAUCUGCUCUGCUAUAUAUACAACCAAGCUCAAAGCAACAAGAAAUACAAUACCAGACGCCAUCAAGUCGUUCCUGGCCAGAAACACCUGCUUAAUUUCUUCCACCCACUCAUCUAUUUUCAAGCAUUCCAUCUCUGAGGGCAGAGAGCCCGGAGAAACUAAUGGCCGAGUCGGCCAUUGGCUCCGUGCUUGGCAACGUGAGCACCCUUGCGGUGCAGGAGACGACAUUCCUAUGCGUCGUCAACCUUGAAGUGGGAUUCUUGAAGGAUGAGCUGAGGCGGCUAAAGAGCUACCUUAAAUCCGCCGACGCCAAAAGGAGAUCAGGAGAUGAGCUUGUGGCUACCUGGGUCAGCCAGAUCAGGGAUGCGGCAUACGAGGCCGAGAAUGCCAUUGAAGCGGCCGACUACAUGGAGAAGAGAAACUGGCUCAAGAAGGGCUUCAUGGGUGCCAUCUCCAGGUAUGCUCGCUUGCCAAGUGACCUGAUUGCCCUUCACACAAUUGGUGCUGAAAUACAGCGUGUAAAAAGGAAGAUCACUGAGAUAUUUGAUAGUGCAAACCGUUUGAAAAUCAAUUUGGAUACUAGUGAUGUAGAAAAGGUUCUUAUUGGGGAUGAGUAUCCACAAGAUUAUGGGACUAUGCACCAAAACUUUGAAGAUAUUGACCUUGUUGGUUUUGGGGACGAGUACAAGGAAAUAGUUGGAAAGUUAGUUGACAAAGAGAACAUAACUCUUAGUGUUGUCUCCAUAGUUGCCAUGGGCGGGGCGGGAAAAACAACACUCGCUAGAAAAGUAUACACUUCAUCUAGUGUCAAACAACACUUUGAGGCAGCUUCUUGGGUCACUAUAUCUCAAAAAUUCAAGGGCAUUGAUUUACUAAAGGAUAUUAUGAAACAAAUAAUGGGGGGCAGAGAUGAGUCAGUUGCUAAGAUGAAUGAGUAUGAGGUGGGAAAGAAGAUCCAUGAUUUUCUAUUGCAAAAAAGAUACUUGGUAGUUCUUGAUGAUGUGUGGGAAACCGACACAUGGGAUCAGAUAAACAAAAGGGUUAAGGCUUUUCCAGAUGCAACUAAUGGUAGUAGAGUACUAUUAACCACCCGGAAAGAAGAUGUUGCAAAUCACGUCCAAAUGCCAACCUAUGUCCAUCAUUUGAACAAGUUAGAUGAAGAGAAAAGUUGGGAACUAUUUAGUUGCAAAGCUUUACCAUCAUAUAAAAGGUCUGUCAUACGUGAUGUGGACGAGUUUGAAAAACUUGGGAGAAAGCUUGCAAAGAAAUGUGAUGGACUGCCACUUGCACUUGCAGUUUUGGGGGGUUACCUGUCAAAAAAUAAAAAUGUACAAACAUGGUCCAAUAUACUCUAUGAUUGGCCAUCAACCAAGAACGGACAGAUGAUGCGAGACAUACUGUUUCGCUGUUACAAAGACCUGCCAAAUCAUCAUUUAAAAGCUUGUUUAAUAUAUCUUGCUGCUUUUCCCGAGGAUUAUGUAAUAUAUGUGCCACACCUUAUUCAAUUAUGGAUAGCAGAAAGCUUCAUUCCACAUACACCAAAGCAUAUACUAGAAGAAACAGCACAUAAUUAUGUAUCCGAGUUGGCUCAAAGAAGCUUGGUACAAGUUGUUGGCAGAAGUAGGGCACAUGGAUGGAUAGAGAGAAUAAGAAUUCAUGAUAUCUUACACGACUGGUGCAUAGAAGAAGCAAGACAAGAUGGUUUUUUUAAUGCCAUCGACAAAACUGCAGGCCAAGCUGGUGCAUCAUCAUCAUCUGAUAACUUGAUAUCUUAUCGUUUUAGCUUUCAAACUUUGAGUGAUCGGAUUUUACCUGCGGUGCCUAAUGUCCGAAGUCUGCUUGGCUUUGAGCUUGAAUCAGUGUCCCUUCCUAAGCUGAGAUUCCUGAGAGUUCUUUGCAUUGAAGAUUCAACACUAAAAGAUUUCUCCAGCGUAAUUGGUGGGUGCAUUCACCUAAGGUUGCUUAGGUUGACAGAUUGUGACAGUGUGACGCUCCCUUCUUCAAUUGGCAAACUUCUUUACUUGCAGACUAUAGAUCUCAGAGGCACAAUUUUGAUGUCAGUAGUACCAAACUCUCUCUGGGAGAUCCCUACUCUAAGGCAUAUUUACCUUUUAAGUUGGAAUAAUUUUUCUCCUACACUUCAGUCAUGCGAGAAGAUGAGCAAGCUCCCCGUGGGGUUGCUGCACCUUAUGACCCAGAUUUCCGAAGAUGACAUCACACUAAAUGAGCUGCGGCGGAAAGGAUGCGAGGUGAAGAAAUAGAGAAAUCCAGCGCCCUGGAAUUCUCCCCUCGAAUCCAUCUCUCACUCCUCCGAAUCCUCACGUCUCACCUUCUCCAUCGACGGACUCUCUCCCCCAAAUCCCCAAUGGCCCCUCCCGAUGCCAAUCUUAUCGCCACCCCGUUCUCCGAUGCCGUCGCCAAGCCCUGUACGAGAUGGAUUUGUGGGGGUCUAGAAGAGUGCCAAUUCUUUGUGUAUAAAAGUGUCAGUUAAUUCUUAGUGCAUGUAUUCUGUGGAACAUGAACACCUCAUCCUUCCAACCGCAUGUAUUCUGUGGAAUAUGUAUUUGAACACCAAUAAAAAUGCUUCGUCGCCGAGGCGAUGCUAUGAGUAA